AUGCGCCAAAUUAGGGCCGCGUUCUGGGCGACCCUCUGCCUUUGCGCAUUCGCAGCGCCGCCGGGCGUGUUGCAACGAAAUGGCGAAGAACAAGUGGUCGAUGAGCCGCGUCAUGCACAACGAAAACAUUCCACACAACAUUCAAUGGCUAGACCAGCGAUUCUGGCAGCUCAAGAGUCGGAUAACAAGGCUGUGAUCGCCAAAUCAAGUGUUAAGAUUAUACACGAAGAAAAGCCGGCUGGCACGGAAAGGGUGGGUUCAUAUUAUGUAUUAUAAAAAAUUUUUAGGGCGGGGUAAAAAAAUUAAAAUUUUUGAAGUAGGUAAAAAAUGUCAAGUAAAGGCUAGGGAAAUCAUUUUUUGAGCAAAGUAAAAAAAUUUUUUUUGGGCAUGGUAAAAACAUUUUGGGCAGGGUAGAAAAAAUUUUAAGCAAAAUCAAAAAAAAUUUUUAAGGCCGGUAAGUUUACCUUUACAGCAAAGUAAAAUAUUUUUUUUUGGGACUGAUAAAUUUUUUUUUGUGGGAGUGGGUAAAAAAUAUUUUUUUUAGCACGGUAAAAAUUUUUUGUGUGGGAUAAAUUUUGUAGUUGGGUGCGUAAAAAACCAAUAUUUUGUCUUUGAGGUCUCUAUUUUAAUGAUUUAAAACUUAUUUUAAAAUUUUAAAAAAACCAAAGGUGAUUGAGAAGCCAAAAAACAGUAGUUUAUGUACUGGCUUUUGAACUGUCUAUAGUACAAACCUAAUGAAAACAAAAAUACAGAGCCGAAUAAUAACGGGGCGUCGAAUCCUCACUUUUUCUUUAUUUUGCUUUCUUGAACUUAGAAUUUUAUAUUUUGGCAGCUUUUAUAGCCGUGAAAUUAGUUUGGUUACCAGUCUUAGGCUUAACCUUAGCCUUAGCCUUAGCUUUAGCCUUAGCCUUUAGCCUAAGCCUCAGCGUUAGUUUUAGCCUUAGCUUUUUCCUUUGCUUUAAUUUUUAGCCUAAGCCUAAUUUUAAGCACAAUCCUGAGCUUAAAUAUAAGCCUAAACCUUAGACACUUUUUCAGUCGUAUCGUGCGCUUUGGUUACUUUACCUUCUCUUAUCUUCGCAUACUUUACUUUACCGUUAGAUUAAAAAAAGAAAAGUACAAGGAAAUGUAUCACCGUGUUUUUAUAUUUUCGUAAUACUUUCCUGAAUUGACAGUGUUCCAAAAGCUUUUAGAAAUAGAAUGAUGAUGAACUAAACCUUUUAUAAUAACAAUAACAAAUGCUAAACCUUUUGAAUCAAAAUGUUCGUAAACAACGCGUCGUUCUGUAAAAGUACCAAAUAACAGGAAAUUUCGCGGUUUGGCACCAGUUUGUAUAUUUAUUGGCCAUAGGGAAGGAAAACAUUUUUAGUUUGUCGCUUUUAUUGAAGGGUUUAGUCGUGGUUUUAAAGAAAAUUUUGGCGGUUGGGGUUUUGGUAAGAAAGUUCUAGCUAUUUUCUGUAUUGUAAAGAAAGUUCUUGCCAUUUUUUUGUUUUGUAAAGAGAGUUUUUGCCAUUCGAAGACCAUUGAAAUCAAAUAUUGUUCGCUGCAGGCUGCGAGUGACAAGUUAUACGACGAAUAUCAAUUUUAUCUUUUAUAAAGAAAAUUUUUUUUAUUUUUGGCUCUGUAAACAAAGUUUUUGCUGUUUUUUAUAGAAUUUUGUACUGUCUUACCUUGAGCCUAAAAAAAUUUUAAAAACAAAAUGUUUGAAUUUUUAAAAUUUUUUAAAUUUAAAAAAUUUAAUUCCAGACAAUGCGGGUACUAGACCGCUCCGAACUGGCUCCAACAUCAAUAACAACAACAUUAUUAUCAAAAUAUCCGAAUUGUUUCUACCGGUAUGAUGAUAUGGAUCAGUGGAAAAUGGCCUUCGAUGGACCACUGACAUUAGUGGCAGCUGUUGGUGCUUUAGUUGGAGCUAGACUGGCAGUCAAGUUCUUGGCGCAGGCUGGACUAAAUCGGGAUUUAACUGCUGGUGCGUUUUUGUUUUGUAAAGAAAGUUUUUGCCAUUUUAUGUUUUGGAAAGAAAAUUUUUACUGUUUUUGGUUUUGGAAAGAAAGUUUUGGCAAUUUUUGUUUUUUAAGGAAAUUCCUAGCCAUUUUUUGUUUUGUAAAGAAAGUUAUCGUCAUUUUUUGAAUUAUAAAGAAAGUUCUUGCCGUUUAUGCUUAAAAAUUAUAUUUUUUAUGUUUUGCGACUUGCGGAUGACAAGUUAUAUGCUGACUCCCUUUCCCUCUCUUUUGAUCCACCUAAUAUACCAAGUGCAAACCAUGCACAAAUCAAACCAUAGUUAACAUAACCAAGUACGUAGUUCCAUUUCAGCCCUCUACGUCCUAUGUUUUUGCGACUCGUUUUUAAUUAUUAUGGUAAUAUUUAAUCACGCGUUCGAAGCCACAUGGGUCCUAAUGGCUGAUUACAACCCCAUGUGGGACAAACAACAAUACGUAUUGGUUACACAUGGCCUUGGUAGUAUUGCUACGACUGCAUCGGUGAGAGUUUUUUUUUGAAAUAAUAUAGGGAGGGGUAAAAUAUGUAUGGAUACGUAAAAAAAAAUUGGAUGAUUUUUUAAGGUAGAGCAGGUAAAGAAGGGAGAGGGGUUAGAGUGUGGAAAAGGUGGGGCAAAAACUAAAACAAGGUUAGGGGCCGGCUUGGACUGGAACUAGAAUUAAGACCAAGGUUCGGGCUAAGAGUAGGGCCAGGUCACGGUAGGGAAGAGUAACGUAAGGUAAAUAACGGUAUGGUAGGAAAGGGUAGGGUAGUGUAGGGUAGGGUAGGGUGGUAGGGUAGGGUAGGGUAGGGUAGGGUGGUAGGGUAGGGUAGGGUAGGGUAGGGUAGGGUAGGGUAGGGUAGGGUAGGGUAGGGUGGUAGGGUAGGGUAGGGUAGGGUAGGGUAGGGUAGGGUAGGGUAGGGUAGGGUAGGGUAGGGUAGGUAGGGUAGGGUAGGGUAGGCCAUUUCUUAUUUCUUAUAAGAAAUGGUAAAAUACGGGCUAAUAAUUUUAAAAUAAAAAUUUCAGACUCUCCUUGUCGUUUUCAUUACAUUUCAACGAUUCCUGGUCGUCUGGUGGCCUCUAAAAUAUGCCAAACUCUGUGAUCGGAAACGAAAACCAGAUCAUCAACCAUUCCGUCGAUUGUCUAGUCAAGUCGACUCGGACUGGAACAGUAACAGCUAUCGGCGAACGUUGAGUUUUAAAAUUCCGCCGAAGAACGUGCUGAAGCGGAAAACAAUGCCGUCAUUCAAGAAAGUGUUGCGACCGUUCUUAUUUCCGGGUAAGGCCAAAGAUUAGAUUUUUUGCAAAAAUUUUGAAUUUUUAAUAUUUGGAAAGAAAGUUCUUGCCGUUUUUUGUUAUGUAAAAAAAAGUUUUUUGCUUUUUUUAGCUUUGUAAAAAAAAGUUAUUGCCAUUUUGAAUCUUGUAAAGAAUGUUCUUGCCAUUUUUUAUUUUGUAAAGAAAGUUCUUGCCAUUUUUUGUUUUGUAAAGAAAGUUCUUGCCAUUUUGAACCUUGUAAAGAAAGUUCUUGCCAUUUUACUCAAUUUUCACAUUUUUCAGUACUGAUUGUCUUAUCAUCAAUCGUAAUCAGCAGCUCAGUGUUCUUCGAGUUCUUCUCUGCACCUUGCAUAAACGAACAUAACGGCUUGCCGGCCGUUCAUCUUGCUCCUACUGAAUUGAGAACGAGCCAACUGGUAGGUUUUUUUUAAAUUUUUUUAAAUUUCCUUUUUUUAUUUUUAAAUUUAUUUUCAAAAUUUUCAGUAUAAUGGUCUAAGAACAGUGAUAAUGAUGGUAACUCAAGCCAUUGGACCUGUUACCACUAUCUCUUUGCUUACCGUAUUGACGGAGUACAAAGUUCAAGCCAGUUUGAAGGCUAGAAGAUUGUAAGUGCCCUACCCUACUCUACCCUAUACCCUACCCUAUACCCUACCUUAUACCCUACCUUAUUCCCUACCUUAUUCCCUACCGUAUACCCUAUCCUAUACCCUUAUACCCUAUCAUAUACUACUCUACCCUGCCUGGCUUUGCCCUUCCCUUUCCAGCGCAGUCCUGCCUUGCUCGGCCGUGCCAUGUUCUGCUCUGCCCGUGCUUUUUUUGUCUUAACCUGCUUUUUCCUGCCCUGCCAUGUCAUGCCAUAGUAUAAUAUAACAUAUUAUGCCAUACUGUGCUAACAUAUCCUACCCUGCCGUAAUCUACAUAAUUUUUCAUUUUUAGACUAUUUGAAAGCCAACAACGUCGCCGUUCGAUAGUACAACUUGAGGAAAUGAAAGAAAAGUUGUCGCGAUUUGUUGCAAUUUUUAUUGCCGUCAAGUUCAUUGUGUUACGGUAGGUUUUAAAGCGACCUUUUGUGCAAAAACUUCAAAAUAACGUAUUUUACCAUAUAAAUGUUUCUAAAUUUUUUAUAAAUUAAAAAAAAAUUUUAAUUGUUUUUAAAUUCAAAAUUUUCAGAUCCCUGCCAAGCUUCUUCGACGUGUACGAACUAAUCUAUGGCAUCGAAUCGUUUGGGCAAAUCAUGUCGACUUUGGUCAACUUUUCCGAUUUCGCUGUGGUUUUGAAUAGUGCCACAAAUUCGUUUGCUUAUUUCGGAAAAGCCGGCUGGCUAGAAAGCAAAUUGCGCGGACGAUUGCUCAGGAAAAGCACGAUGCAAAAACACAGCGUGAAUAGUGCUGAUGUGAGUUUUGGAAUUUGUAAAAUACGCCUUUUCUUUUUUUCUCUUCUAAACUCUUCUAAAGGAAGUUGAAAGGUAGUGGUUCGGAAAAGUUACUGUAACUUUUUUAUUUUGUGGAAUUUUGAAAUUUUGUUUUAAGACAUUGAUGAGUCAUAGAGUAAGCUAUAUUUUCAUCAUGUUUUAUGUUAUUACCUAAACAUCCAAAAAAGUUAUGUCAAAAAGAAGACUCCCAUCAAGAGUUCAUGGUUAAUAUAAGAAAAAUUUUUUUUUGAAAUUUUGUUUUUAGACAUUGAUAAGCGAUACAAUAAAGCUAUAUUCUCACCAAUGUUCAUUUUAUUACCUAAGCAUUAAUAAAAGUUAUGUAAAAAAGAAAAUUUACAACAAGAAUUCAUGGUUAAUAUAGGGAAACAUUUGCUUUUUUGGCCAAAUUUCGACAUUUGUAAACCCAAAAAUUUAAAAUUUUUAAAAACAUUAUCACCGCCAUUUUCAAUAUACUAAAUUUUUCCCAUUUUUCAGGGUAUUCCAGUAAAAAGCCCGGUCCCAAAGAGUCCGCGAAGGCUUUCCGUCUCACCACAGCCAAUUCCGUCGAUUUCUCAGGAAAACCUCUCUUUGAUGGCGAACUCUGCUGCUCGAUAA